UGGUUGUUAUGGAAACGGAGCCUAAGUUUCGUUGCUAUGGGAGGCCUAGGCUUACCCGAGAGCGAGGACUUGGCCACCAUUUCCGCAGAGCGAUAGACUGAAGCGUCACCUUCCCUCCUCUGUGUUGUGCUUCUUUAUCUGCGGGAGGGUAGUGACAUUUCCAGGGUCUCGUUUCCUUAAAGCAUACGUGGAGAAACCUAUAACAGACCCGUGGUGUUGACAGCUUUUCAGCAUGGAGGAUGUGAUCGAUUUUCGUGCUUUGGAGAAAGAACUGGAAGAAGCUAUUGCCAGUGAUGAGAAGUACCAGAGAGAAAAUGCAGCCAAAUUCCGAGCAGUGCAUCAGAAAGUGGCAUCCUAUGAAGAAUUCAGAGAUAUUGUUCGUGCAUCACAUUUGAAACCUCUGGAGAAGAAGGACAAGAUGAAGAAUAAGAGAAGUGUGUUAUGGAACUCCUGUGCAGUUAAAUCAGACUGUGUACAACAGAGUGAGGUCGAACUGCCUCAGGAACUGGAGCGGUUUCCUGAGAACUCUUCGGAAUUCUACAGAGACUGGCGCAGAGGCAUGAAAAGCAUCCAGGAACGCUACCAGUUCCUGCUCCAACUUGGAUCCCAGAAUUUGGGUCAGAUUUUUCAAACAGACUUGGCUUUUGGUCUCCUAGGUGAAUUCUUAACAGUGCUCACUGAAGGUGCCUGCACUGAGGACCGGGAUUCUAUCUUGGAGAUCCUGGAGACUUUUGCAGGCACCAAACGCUUUGGUUUGAAUGUGGAACUCCUGAGUGAGCAAGAGAAGAGAGUCUGUAAAGGGUUGUUUAAGAAACUGCAAGAAAUGGGAACUGGAUCUGGUGACAUUCCUGAAUUAUCACAUGCCUCUGAUGAAGAUGUUGCAGCUGAAAACCAAAUCCUUUGCCAACCAGAUGGGCCAUUUGAAAGAAAACUGAUGGAACUGAUGCACAUUUACCAGGUUCUCUAGCAUAGCCAACUACUUUGAAUCUGUAUACCAUCUCCAGUGCACAGAAGGCUAUUGCAGAUUGUACAAAUGAUUAAAACAUCCACCAGGAACUACUUCUACCAAUACCUUUAAAGUUAAUGGUGAUCCCCAAAGGCACAUCUCACUGAUCUGAGGAGGUCUUCUGUAGAAAAAGAUAGGCUCAUGCUGCUUGCAUUUUGUCUCUGCUCUGAUGCUUGCAUUUUGUCUCUUGCACUUUGUCUCUGCUCUACAUGUUGUCUCUGCUCUACAUGGACUUUUACAUUCUUCCUUCUCUACAGUAGUUGUGUGCUGUCAAUAAAUAAUAUUUUUAUUCUGCUAUGA